AUGACUUCCUUCUUAGUACAAUCACACAAUCACCCUAUCACUAAGUCGAUAAUCAUCAAGAUGGAUGGAUCUGGUUAUAGUGUGGCCCUUGGCAGGUGGCUAUGCGCGCUUCAAGAGAUACACGAGAAAGGAGAUAAAGCAGAUCUCCCUAUAGAGAUUCGCCUGGAAAUCUUCGGUCACUGGUUGAGAGAUCACCAACCACCCUGGGAUAUUAGAGACGAGAUACGAAUUCCAGACUGGGUAACGCCCAUGUUUGAGGACGUGUGGUUCCGAAACACCGAGUUCAUUUUACCGGCAUUCACUCUUACUCCAGGAUCUUCCAGACAAAGCGCUGCAAUGUCGCUCGAGGUUCAUGUUGCAAGCUUUCUCGAUAGGCUAUGCAGACGCCAACGCGCGCAUGCCACACCGGUGACGGUCGAAGUGGUCGUUGAUGUGCAUGCAGAUCUCAGACUCAGUCAAGAUUCUAUUCGAAGGUUGCUUCUGGUCGCAUAUCAUCUAGAAGCCCGCAAGGAACUGCUCAACAUCAAGGUCGUUGUCGAUACAGAUAGCCACAGGGGAAAGCUCGAAGCCAACGAGCUUAUUGCAAAGCCUCUCAAGGACCGACUACAAAACGCCUGCUCGACAAUGCAACAGUUCAAAGAUGGUAGCAUGAACAUGGCACAAGUGUACGACUCGGUCGGCCGAGUCCACGACACAUUGGGCCUUCAAGGCUUUCCACGUGAGAACGUAGCAGCAACAGUAUUGAAUUUCAUGUAUGAUGUAGAACAGAAGGAAAAGGCAGAGGUGAAGGAAGAGCAAGAGAGAGCGAAACAGGCAUGA